GUACGCACGUGUGAAUGACGUUUUAUGUGUACACAGACACACACACACACACAAUGGACUUAGUAGUUCUAGUCUUACUAACCACAAUAAGCUCACUGUUCUAGAGUCCAGCUAUGGACGAAACGCUGAAGGAAAUUCUGGGCAGACAUCGCAACGCUCUGGUGCGUUAUAUCAACCCCACCCCGUCCCUCAUCAAUGUCCUCGUAGAGGACAAGGUCCUGCCGUCUGCGAUGAUAGAGGACAUAAAAAAAGGUAACAGCAGACGUGAGAAGAAUGAAAUUCUGUUGAAGUCCAUGAAACUAAGAGGAAACAUGUCCUACCGGAAGUUCCGUGAAGCCAUGCUGAAAUGUGGGCAGGUGUUUAUUGCUGACCUCUUGUACGAAGAAGAGGCUACAGGUUCUCUUGUUGAUGAGAAUGACAUUCUGUCUGUGCCUUCACUGAAGCUUUCCCUGACUCCUGAAGAGAUCAAACAGUUAGUGCUGACUCUUGACGCUAGAAUCAGGUGCAGGAACUUAAGAAGUGAUUGGAGGAAAGACUCACAAGCACGUAUCGAUCUAUUACAGCAAAGAUCUGAAGACUAUAGAUCAGAGAGAGCUAUAAUGUCUCAGGCCGCAGAGGUGGAUCAAAAGGUGAAACAUCUGACCGCUGAACUCAAUGUCAAGAACGACAUCAUCCGGUCACUGUCACUAGACAUCAAUAUCCUGAACCAAGAGAUCAUGACCUUCACCAAGAAACACCAGGUCAACUCCCCGUACGCUGGAAUGCUGUCAAGCGCGGUCAACGAGAACAGUAACAUGCAGCCCAAGUCUGGAAGAUUUCGUUAUUUCGAUGCUGCCCUGAGAGUUAUUAGUCACAAGCUAUCUGGUAUACUUGGAGAGUCCAGCACUUCUUCUGACGAGGAGAACACUGGCUUGUCGACUAUCGAAGCUAAGGCUGGCAAAGUACAAGAGAUGCUUUUUGAAAUGGAGAGUAAGAUAUCCCAGAUGGAGAAAGACAGGAACGACGCUCUGGCCAUACUGUUUCAAGACAAGAAGAUUACCGGGUGCUCGCUUGUCCAAGGUGUCCAAAGAUUCAUUCUGCAAGAGCAAAGAUGCAGGUACUUGUUACUUAAAGAUAUUGACCGUUUGUCCCGGAAGAUGAGGGACAUUAACAACAAGAGUCCAACGUUAGGGCCGCACGCCCUACGUCUGUCAGCCGUCACAGGUAAACCCAAACCGGAAGUAGUGGACUACCGUUUCCUUAGCAACCACUUGGCGCUCCUCGAGGCAGACGCAGAGCAUAUUCAAAAGAAACUGAGCUGGAAAGAGGCAGAAAUCAAAUCAGUCCACAUGGAGUUAGAGGCCUUACGUAAACGUUUCAACUGCCCUGCUGAUCCCCAUUGUGUUCCGUGUUAUGAUCUACCGUGUGAUUGACAGAGGGUCACAAUUGUUGCGAUUGACCUGGGGUCACAAUUGUUGCGGUUGUCCUCUCCGAGUUACUACCUGGCAUAGGAAAUGCAGACUGUGUUACAAAAAAAGUUCAAGUUUGGUCUCUUAACUUUUAAAAAAAAAAUACAUGUAAAGUGUAUUCUU